UUUCACUAAAACGUACAACACUUCAGUCUCCGGGAAUCGGUUAAACUGAAACGGUCUCGCUGGACGAUAUUCGAAAAAGAUAUAACGCUUUUCAAAACGAAGUGUAACGAUCUCGUUGAAUUAUUUAUGAGUUGAUAUCAUUGUAGACAUCUAUUAUGUGAUUUAGUGAAUUAUAUCUACGACCUCUUAUAUUAUUUUAUUAUUUCAAGUGGUACUGUGAAAAGUUCUGAUAUUAGAUUAUUAUAUCUUCGGGAAUAUUCAUAAAUUUUGUUCACGUUACAUAAUAGAUUCAGGUGUGAAGUGCUCACGAAUUAACAGAAAAUGCCUCUAUACACAGAUCCUGGAUAUUUUUAUGGAAGUAGUAGCUACAGUCCAUACUAUGCGGCCCCCUAUGCUUCCUAUGGAGGUUACUCUCGAUCCCUGGCUGGAACUUAUAUUAUACCAACGUCGCGUGCUCCUAAUAUUUCCUCAUCUACUCGAUACAAACCCAAGCUAACUACGAUUUCAGAGUUUCCAUAUGCGUCACGAGGCCUAACUUCAUUGACGAGAAUUCAAAGCCCGAAAAUUUUAUACAAUUCACCGCCUCGAUAUAUACCCCCAAAGCCAAUUCCGAUAAGCACUGCAGAUAUAGACGUUUCGGCUCGCAAUCGGCCACAUCAAGCACGUUACCAUCAAAAAGAAGAUGCCGUUACUGAUUCCAAUGAUGCAGCGAAGUCAACAGAGAACAGCGAGAAAAAUGAUGAAGGGUUCAUGCCUCGCGCUGAUGAAAAUGACUUGGUUGCUAAACGUACAACUAUUAAGCGAGACAGGGCUGUAGUUCGUCUUUCCAUUAUGCGCCCAAGAAGUGCUAGAGCUGAAAAGGAGUCGAAAACCUCAGAAAAAGCAUCUGAUACGCCAAAAGUUCAAUCAUCAUGGAGGGAUAAUUUUGUUGAAGAAUUACAGCCCAAACCCAGAGAUUUCACAAGAAAAACUCCAGGAGAGCUGCUGCUAGAGCGCCAUAUUAUUCGCGACAAACAGGAAAACCAAGAGUCUAAUUUUGUAGACUUGUCUAAGGUGAACCCAGAUCCCGAUCCCAUAGUCCAAAUUCAAGCAUUACGUCGGUUAAGCGAAACACAUUGCCCCACAUUUCAUGAUAUUUGUGAAGAUAUUUCUUCAGACAAAAUCGACGAUGAUUUAAAUGCAGGAGAGCUUCGUCGGAGGGCGUCUUUAAUUCAAGAACAGGAAAUGGAAAUUUUAAAUGAACUACAAAAAUCAGGGUCAGGUAUAUUUCAACUUAUUCUGGAGAGAAACGAGAGCCCCGACAGUUGCCGAAAAUCAUUGAAAAGGAAAUCUAAAAAGGGCAAAAAGAUUCGGCAUAAAAUAACGGCUACGGUUGCAAUUGACGAGAGUCCUCCGCCAGCAUCCAAAGAGAGUAUUGGAGAAGAGCUUAGCCCGAAAAAUACACAACCUCCUAAGAUUAUAUUCAGCAAUGUAGAUGCUGAUGAAAACGAGUCAGUGCACGUAGUAUUACCUAAAAAGAAACAAAAAAAGGCAGUAAAAGUUGAAAAAGAAGAAUUGAAGGAGAUGAAGGCAGACUUAAACACUGAAAUUGCAUUAGAUAAUAUCAAAAUUAGCAGUGAAAACACAAGUGAUGUGAGUGGAGAAAUAAAAAAUGAGGCAGAAAAAUUGCCUAAAUUGAUAGUGAAAUCCGAUUCUGUGGUCAAUGUAACAUUACAAAUUAAAAGUAAACCUAAAAAACCUAAAGAUGAAUUGGCGUCUGAUAAAGGCCAAGAAAGUGAACUUCAAAACCAGUUUGAAGGUGAAACUACCCCGAAAGUGCCUUCAGAAACACCCACAACAUUGGAAAUGGAAGCUUCAGCUCCAGAAAUCUAUGGAUCUGAAAAUAAACUUUUAGAUUCAAGGAAAGCUCUUGAAAAAAAUCAAACAAACAGCCAGAAAAUCCAUAGUGACAGAAUAGAUAAAAAACAUGAAAUGAGUUUAGGAAGAGCAAAAGUCAAAGGACAAGAAAUUGAAAAUUCAAAUCAGAUUGAAAACAAAAAUACUCUGCCUAUAGUUUCAAAAAAUGCGCCAAAAGAAAUUGAGCAAACCGUGGACGUCUCUAUAGGAAGGACAAAGCAGGAAACUGAAACAUCAGUUCCAAAAGUCAAUAAAUCUAAAACUAAAUUGUUAGAUUCAAAGAAUGCUCCUGGAAAACUUCAGGUGAAGAAAUCACAAGAAACUCAAAGUGAUACAAAAUCUAAAGAAAAUGUUUUAAAAACAGAAGAAGCAAAAAUCAAUAACAAAUUUGCAAAUCUAAAGAGCAUGUUCCAAGAAAGCAAACAACCAAAAAUUGAAAAUAAACCUCUUCCGCUGAAGAAACCUGCAGAUUCAACUAAACAAGGUGCAGAAGUAAAACAAGAAAAAGUUCCAUUAUAUUCUCCAGCUAAAAGUGUCCAAAAUUCUGAGAGUGAAGAUGAUUUCUGGAGUCAGAUAGGAUCACGAGAGUCAUCGCACAUGGAUAAACGAAAACAGAAGAUGUCUGAAACCUGCUGGGCAAAACGAGAUCGUCUCAAAGAGAAUAUCGAUUUAAAAGAUCCUUGUGAUUCAAAAAGUCUUCAAAAAGUCAAGAUACCGAUGAAAGCUGAACAGUCGAAAGUAAGUAAAACAACCAGUGAGUUUGAAAAAUCUUCCAAAGAACUGGAACCUGAAAUGAAAUCAGAACAAAAGCGCCAACCACCGACAAAGAUAAUUUCAGAUAAGGUGGGAAUAUUUGAAACUGAUAGUACGGAUGAUAAGUCUGUCAAUUUAGAUAUCUCACAACAGCAAAAUAACCGGGCUACCGUUGAUAAUUCACCGGUGACCCAGAAGCUGACGUCAUCAGAUUCGGAAGCGAAGUCAGUCUGCACACAAGCAUCUGCUCCACCAGACAGUCAAGUAGCUUCUGGCACAGCUACCUCAUCUGUGGCCGGCGCAGCUGCGACUGACCGUUCAGGUCCCAAAAUAGAUUCUGGGCGUUUGGCCAAGUCACCUGAAGUGAAAAUUAAAAAGCCACUGCUUAAACUUGCAAAGGAUAACAACAAUAAAAACUUGGCGAUUGACUCUACGCUACCGAUUAACAAGACCAAAGAGUUAGACGUUAAUAAAUCAAAAGACAUUAAAUCCAAAUCAAUGAAUAAAACAAAUAAAACCGCUGAAUUUUCGCCAAGAACAACUACAACAGAGAGCAAUGUUGAACCACCACCGAAAUGUUCCGCAUUAAUUGACUCAGGAAGCGUCGGUGGUGUAGAGACUGGGAAUGGCGUCCUGGGAACUAUGAAAAAUGCGGUGGCGUCAGCAGAACAAUCGACUCUUAAACCAUCGCCGCGGGAUUCGAAUAUGUUAGGAGAGCGUACAUCCAUGGUAACGACUGCAGUGAUCACAGAGACAAGUUUGGAUGGCGGUCAGUGUGAUAUUGAUAGAAUUAGCACAUCCGAAAUUGUGUCACCCGAGGAAAACAAUAGAUCGCGAAGUGGGUCGAAAAAACCCAUUCAGAGGUCAAAUGAGAAGUCGUUUAAACCAACACCAACGACUGUUGACAGUAGCGACGUCACUGAGCCGUUAGCCUGCACUGUGCUUCCUAAUGCUAAUCCAGAUGAAGUGACUUCAAAGAGAGAAGUAAAACAUGUGGCCUCAACUAUCACAUCAGCACAAGAGAUACCAGCGGCAGGUGGCGUUGACAGAGCGGAACGACCAAGCGGCAAUUCCUUGCCGAAAUUCCGUACAGUGGCUAAUUUGAAUCGCUGUUUAAUAGACGUCGAUGCGGAAUUAUCCGACUACUGUCCAAGUGAAGAGGCGGUCACCAGCAGCGACGAAGAAGUGAAUACUAGUGAGUGCAGUUCUUGUAACGGUUCCAGUAUGAAGAAGAAGGCAAAGCACAACCAUCGUCACCACAACCACGCCAAAAAACAGGAAAAGAAUGCUAACAAAUUCGACCCCAAUAAAAAAAUCAAACUAGACCAUAAGACAAAGUGUUACGUAAAAGACGAGCCUGCUCCAUAUCCGUUAUACGCGACACCGCGACCAUUAUGGAAACGUGAGAAAGUAGUCUACCCGAAGGACUCGUCCGCCAGUGAUGUUGACGAAAGCGACAGUGAUAGUGAAUAUUCCACGUCCUCGGACGAAUGCAGCGGGGACGAGCUCAAUCCAUCGGGAGUCACAUCCUUGGCAAGCAGUGAUGUCCGUAUGAGUACUUGCAGCAAUGAUUCGGGAUUUGAGGGCGGGACAGCUCCUACAAGCCCAAAGAAAAUGCUGGAAACUUCCUACACAUUUGCACAAUUCCAAAGAUCCGGACGAAUAACAGCACCAGCAACAAUUAUUCCUAGGUUUAAGAAAUACUCCGUAGAAGACUUUCAUUUUCUUACAGUUCUUGGCAAAGGCAGUUUCGGAAAGGUGCUUUUGGCCGAGCUUAGAAAUACCGAUUAUUGCUAUGCAGUAAAGUGUCUCAAAAAAGAUGUAGUUUUGGAAGACGAUGAUGUAGAAUGCACAUUGAUCGAGCGAAAAGUAUUGGCUCUAGGUACAAAGCAUCCAUAUUUAUGUCACUUGUUUUGCACUUUUCAAACAGAGAGUCACCUAUUUUUUGUCAUGGAGUACCUGAAUGGAGGCGAUCUUAUGUUCCAUAUUCAACAAAGCGGAAGAUUCCCCGAGCCUCGAGCGCGAUUCUACGCUGCUGAAAUCAUAUCUGGAUUGAGGUUUCUGCACAAGAAAGGAAUAAUUUACAGGGAUUUGAAGCUUGAUAACGUUUUGCUAGAUUUCGACGGCCACGUUCGUAUUGCCGAUUUUGGAAUGUGUAAAUUACAAAUUUAUCUCGACAAGACAGCUGACAGCUUUUGUGGAACACCCGACUAUAUGGCGCCUGAAAUCAUAAAGGGUGACAAAUAUAACCAAAAUGUAGAUUGGUGGUCCUUUGGAGUGCUUUUAUACGAAAUGUUGAUUGGCCAAUCACCUUUUAGCGGUUGUGACGAGGACGAAUUAUUUUGGUCAAUCUGCAAUGAGAUCCCAUGGUUUCCAAUUUAUAUUACCCAGGAGGCCACAAGCAUAUUGAAAGCGUUGCUGCACAAAGAUCCAUCCAUCCGCUUAGGAUCACAGUAUAGCCCAGCUGGAGAAAUUUAUGAUCAUCCCUUCUUUAGGGAAAUUGACUGGGAACGUUUAGAACGGCGGGCUAUCGACCCGCCAUUUAAACCACAAGUGAAACAUCCGUUAGACACAAAAUACUUUGAUAAAACAUUCACACGUGAACGAGUUCGCUUAACGCCUAUCGAUAAGGAUAUUCUACAGUCUAUGAAUCAGGCACAAUUCGAAGGAUUCUCAUACACAAAUCCAAAUGCGACACUCAAUUGAACUUCAUUUGUAGUCACAAAAUAUGAUGCCAGAAUAUUCACUUUCUCCCGGUGAAUUAGUGUACGUAGUUGGCGACUAUAAUAUUUUGAAGGGUGAGAAAAUGCAAGGAGAUAUUCAAUUUCAAGUGAAGCUUUAUUCAACUUCCCAGCAUUAAUCCUAAACGUAUUGAGAAGGAACCACUCCUUAGCAGUCCUGUCGCAAAAGUACGUGUUUGUUUUUGUAAUUCAUUAUGCAGGAAAAAGUGCUGCGAUAUCUCGCAAUGGCUAGGAAACGUGUCUGGGAAAAAAGAGACAAAAAUAAGCGGGUAAAUUUUCCCACAUUGAGAAAAAUUGAUGCUAAAGUUCAAGAUGGCUUUAAUGAUAAUUUAUAUGUAUGUAAAUAAUUACGCUGCUAAAUGUAGAUAAAUACACAUUUAUAAAAAAUUAUUAAAUAA